AUGGGUUCAUGCCAGGCGGUUUGUGGUGCGGCUACGAGUGGCAAGGGACUCACUGGCCGGCAGGUCGCCGCUGCCCUUAAGUAUGCGAGCAAGCCAUCGGGUGAAGAGCACGAGGAGCGCUCAAAACUCACCGAGGACGCAGAAAAAGAACAGGAAGGUAACAAACGUGAAGGCGAUACGGUAGCGUUAGAGCAUAUCACUGAAGAAAAAUGCCGUAAUGGGCGACGGCUAAGUGUUCUGUGUCCUUAUGGCAAUGGUAAGGAACCCAUGAAUGUGUACGAGUACGCCCCCGAUGUGUUUUACCUUUUGCGGAAACUUGACGGCUUUGACAAGAAGACAUUUGCUGAUGAGUGGGAUCUACCGAAUGAGCGACAGGACCUCGAGCUCAGUGAGGGCCGCUCUAUGGCGCUAUUUCUCGAGUCGAAAUCCAAGUACCUGUUGUGUAAAAUCAUUGCAAAGGUCGAAGUAGACGUGUUGCUCCAUUUGCUUCCGCGUUACGCGAAACAUUUUCGUGAACAUUCUAAUACCCUGUUGAUGCGAUUUUAUAUGCUUCUUCGUGUGGAGUUUCGGGGAGAAUUAGGCUACGUACUUUGCUUUGGUGAUGUGUUUGCGCCGUGCCGCACGCUAAAUGAGAAAUGGGAUUUAAAGGGCCGCCGGCCAAAACCCGGGAAAUACAAGCACUUUGCAAAGCUUUUUCAGCACCCAUACGAUUCGACCACAGGUCAAAGUACGACACCUGGCACCGACACAACGCAAUAUUUUCCUUCUGGGACAGGCAUCUCUGGUCUGAAAGAAAUGCCGAAAGCGACUGAUAAAAACAAACUUGCGACGAAGAAGGAUAAGGACCUGACACGCUAUUUUUGGUUAGAUAAGGAGCAAAGGGAGAAACUUCUUCUUACCCUUCGGGACGAUUGUAAGUUUCUUGCAAGUGUGGGGUUGAUGGACUACUCCCUUCUCAUAGGCGUAGCGUACGAGGAAAAGGGGAUAUCCAACCCGACGAAGCGGCUUCGGAGCAUGCGCAUGCCGUAUCCCCGUUGCGGACCUCCCGAGGGUGCGAUGGAAAACAGGCCUGAGUGGACGAUGACGUGCGGAGGUGAAUGUAAGUUUUCGAAAGGGAUUUUCAGUUUGUACAACCAAGAAGUGUACUACAUCGGUGUCAUUGAUGUUCUAACACCAUAUACAUUUAAAAAGAAACUCGCAAAACUCUUCAAGUCAUUUUUGUGGAGGAUGGAUACGCUAUCAACCAUACCUCCGCUUAAGUACUGCGAACGUAUUCUUCAAUUUACCGAAGACAUUUUUCGGUCGCAUGUCGACGGCAAAAUACCUCCACCAGAGAAAUAG